AAGAAGUAUUUUUUUCUUCACUCUUCUCAUUUGUUUCUCGUCUUCCUCUUGUUUAGUCGUCGUCAUUAAAACUCUCCAUUUCACUUGUCCAAUCGUUUACUCACAAGUCCUAAAAUCUCAAUGGAUUUCUGGCAAAAAGCUCGGAGUUUCGCUGAAGAAGCAGCAAAGCGUACCCAAGAAUUCACUAAAGAAGCCGCUAAUCGUUCACAGGACCUAACCAUUGGUUCCUCCAAACUCUCCGACGUUGUUCUAGAAGCAUCCAAACGAUCCAAAGAAUUCGCUGCUGAGGCAUCCAAGAGAUCCAAAGAAAUUGCCGUUGAGGCUUCCAAACGAUCCAAAGAAAUUGCUGCUGAAGCUUCUAAACGCGCCGAUGUUAUUGUUUCCGAAGCUUCUAAACGUGCCGAUCAGAUCAAAGUUGAUGCUCUCAAACGCGCUGAACAGAUCAAGUUUCAAAUUCCUUCCGCUGCACUUUCUCACAUUGUAGAUUCCUCGCCUUCUCCGACGACUCAAACGGCGUCGCCUGCACCUACGCCUGCCGAUCUCCUGAAAUUUGGAGUUACCGAUGACUUGAGAGAAUUCGUAAAGGGGAUUACCAUUAAUACGUUUCAGGAUUUUCCACUUGAAGAUGAUUCAGUGAUCUCUGAUAUUCCUACAGUCUCAAAUGUUCGGCAGGAUCUUACAGAAUUUCAGGAAAAACACGCAAAAUUUGUUCUUUCAUCUGUCAAGGAAAUUUCAAAGCUCAGAUAUGAGUUAUGCCCACGCAUAAUGAAGGAAAGGAAGUUCUGGAGAAUCUACUUUAUUUUAGUUAACAGUCAUGUGGCCCCGUAUGAAAAGAAAUACACGGAAGAGGCCGAGGCCGAGGCCGAAAUAAAAUCUGUUGAAAAGGCUCAAGUUGAGAGUGAAAAGGAGGUUUCCUUAGCUGGAACAAUUUCUAAACCAGUGGCUGAGGCAACUGCCCAGAAAAAUAAGAAGGCAACCUCAUCAACAUCAGACCAGGAUUUGGAUGUUUUUCUCCUUGGAGAAGACAGCGAUGAUGGGCCAGAUGAUGGGGAUGAUGCCUUUGAUGAUGAUUUUGACAAGAUAUAGAUUGGAAGCUCUCAACAUAGAAAGUUUGCGUAGCAAUGGCUGCCUUCCGCUCGGGAAGCUUGGGGAUGAAGUCCUUCUGGAUGAGUUAUUCCUAUGGAGUAACAUGAUAAAGCCAGCUACAUCAAUUAGUCAAUGCUCACCAUAUUCCAUUCCCUCUAUUCUUCCACGGUGGGUUGUUGCAUUUUAUUGUUCUUUAUUCUGUGAUGUAUUCUUUACUGGAAAUACAGAAAAAAAGGUGGAAAAUGGAGGUCAAAUAGUAUAUGAUGGUAUUUGGAGCUGUAAAUUUGAGUUUUUUUUUUUUAAAUUGUCUUUAUGUUGUACUAAUGACAAUAACUCAUUAGAUAUCUACUUCAAUUUAGUGAUAGUGAACAACAGUAAAUUCGAGCUGCUCUUUUUUUAUUCAAACGAUGUGCUGUUUUCCCUAUCCUGAAAACCUCUACUGCAAUUUUGCUCUCAAUAUCAUUUGACAAGCUUUCCUUGGUU